ACGAUGUUAUUUAGUUUUAAUAUGGCGGCGGGGAAUGUACGUGGUGCAAUGAGGCCGCAAGGAAGAUCACCUUCGUUUUUCAUCGUCGGGCUAUUUCUCGCCGUGGGCAUUCUGGGUUUCAAUUAUUGGAGCCUGUCGAAACGUAACCAUGACUUAGCUACACAAUUACUUAACAUGCAGGAUCAACUUAGGCUUUGUAUUUCGAAGAGGAUGACCGUGGAGAGGCGGGGAUCUAAUAUCGUGAACGAACUGAAGAAAUGUGAAACUGCUUUGGACAUGGACAAGAAUGAGGUGGCCAGGAAAGAAAGUGAAGUCAUUACUCUUACUGAACAACUGAAAACUAAAGACGUUAUAAUUAAUUCCCAUGAAGCGAAAGUAAAAGAAAUGGAGGAACUCCGAAUGAAUUUAAAAACAUGUGAAGAAAACAACAGUGGAAUUGUACAAGAACUCCAGAAAAAGAAAGAGGAGCUGAAAGCAAACCAGCCAACUGGUGUCAAUGCUGAAACUUGCAAAGCUUGCAAAGAUCAAUGGGUGUUUGACCAAAAGGCAUUUUUAAAUGGCAUUGAUAAAGUACUUGGCCCAACAGCAUUGCUUCAACUGAAAAAUGCUGGUGUUGACAUUGGAAACUAUGCUCUUGAAAUAUCUGCUCAGCUGAAGAAUAGCCAGAUGCAAAAUAAUGAAGCUCAAUCAAAUCUGCUAUCAAAGACUAUAUCUGUUUCUCAACCUGCUGUUAAAGAGGCUGCAGUUCCAGCUGAAACUGGCCAAAAUGCAGGAGCAGCUGGAGGUAAUACUAUUUUAGGUAUGAAUUCUGCAAACAAUGUUAAUCAGGGUACUAAUUCUCCUAAUCAAAAUAUGAUAGCUAAUUCAGCCAAUAACAAGGAAGUAAUUGCUGCUCCCAACCCUAAUGAUAAUAAAGCAGGUGGGGUUGAAAAUCAAGUAGCUGGUGCUCCUCCUAUUAAUAAAGAUGCUGCUGGUGGAAAUACAGGAGCUGCUGUUCCUCCUGCCAAUAACAAUGUUAGUGGAAAUCCAGGAGCUGUUGUCCUUCCUGCCAAUAAUGCAGUUGUUGGUGGAAAUCCAGGAGCUGGUGCUCCUCCUGCCAAUAACGAUGUUGCUGGCGGAAAUCCAGGAGCUGUUGUCCCUCCUGCUAAUAAUGAUAUUGCUGGUGAAAAUCCAGUUGCUGGUGUUCCUCCUGCCAAUAAUGAUGUUGCUGGUGGAAAUCAAGGAGCUGGUGUCCCUCCUGCCAUCAAUAAUGAUGGUGGUGCUCCAGCCAUUCAAGAUAUUGGCACUGGAGAUCCAAAAAAUAUUCUUCCACAGAACAAUGAUGCUGCUAUAGAAAAUCCAGGAGCUGUUAUUCCUCUUCUCAAUAAUAAUAAUGAAGGUGGUGAUGUUGGUGCUGGUAACAGUCUAGAUGGUGCACUUGGUAUGGCUGAAAAGUUGAAAGAACAAGAUGUUACUGGUGGCAAGCUCAUUCCUACAGAAUCCUCCCAUGUCAAUGGCAUGCCUGCUGGAGCUGCAUUUAAUGACAAUUUUAUCAACCAACCUAAAAUAGAAUCUAAGGAACCUAAGACUGGUUUAUUGGACAUACUUAAAAAUAACAAUAUUUUAUUUGAAAACCAAUACAAAACUGCUCCGAGCAUCAACAAUCCUAAUCUACUUGCUGCACAGGAUGGUGUAAAUGUACUUGCAAGCCUAAAGAAAGGUUCUGAUAGUAUGACAGGAUCAAGUAUAAACAUAACUAAACCUGGGGUUCAGACUCCCAGUCAGCUGAGUAAUAAUACAGCAUUUAGCAUUAACACAUCAAAUGCAGUAUUGACAAGUCCAGUAUCUUCAUCAGACAAGGGUUAUUCUCUUUUGGCUGUCAAAAGUAAUAAAACAGACAGCUCUGACCCAGGACCAGGAUCUCCCCAAAUGAAGUCAAUCAAUAUCUCCAAUAUCAUCAAAUAUUUGCAAACUAACUCCUCGGGACCAAAUUCUAACAUGAAAGAAGAUAAUUUAAAGGUUGGUUUCAACAAUAUAGAAGACAGUAUUGACAAGAUGCAGAAGAGUAUGACCCUUGAUGAUGAUAAAAUGAAUUCUUUAGAAAAGGGCCACAGAUAGAGGAGAAUCACCCCAAUUUUUUUUUCUUUUGUUUUCUCUCUUUCUCUCUCUCUCUUUUCAUUUUGUUACCCAUUUUGAAAUCUUUCUCUGUUUCAAAAUAACCAAAUUUUUGUUCAAAUUUUGAUUCAAAUCCAAUGUUUUUUUAUUUUUUUUACUUCUAAUUUUCAGUUUGAAAUUUGAAAUUGAUAAUUCUGAGGUGUUUUCAUUACCUGGAAAAUAAUAGUGUUGUUGGGGGUAAAAUUAAAAUUUACAAUUUAAGAUCAAAUGUCAAUUAAAGUAUGUCUAAAAACACCUGUUUUAAUCAAUUUUUGAAUUGAAAUUUUUAUCACCGUGGAGAAUUCCUUGUCGAAUUCAAACAGUAAAGAAGACUCAUAUGUAUCUGUAAAAAAAGGAAAAUGAAGUUAUUUUAUUUUAUUUUAAUUUUCUCGUUUCCUAAAAAAAAGAAAAGAAGUUAAUUCUUAAUUUUGAAGAAAGGGUUCAUUAAUUAAUUAAUUGAUAUAAAAAAAUAAAAAAAUUGGGAGAAAAAUUUCAUUAGUUCCUUUUGUUGUUGUUAUGAUAUAAUUUUCAUGGCUUUACUUUUUUACAGGAAUUUUAAUUCUUGGUCUCACACACACACACACACAUACACACAUUGGUUACAAACUGCAAUUGGUGUCUUUGUGAUUAAAAAUGUUUUUCUUUCCUUUGUAACAUAUUGGUUUUUAUUGAGUUCUCUCCUACUCUUACCUCCGAAAGGGUUGGAUGUUUUCAUUCAACGAUGUUUAUAAUCCAUAUUUUCUCUUCCCCCCACUUCCAUCCAUGCCUUUACAUUCACUCAUUUUCUUUAUUAUCAUUAUUAUUGCUACACAUCUUUAAUCAAUCUAUCAUCAUUAUUAUUAUUAUUAUUAUCAUCAUUAUUGCAGUUAUUACAUCUAUACAUAUCGAUCACUCUCUCUCUCUCUCUCUCUCUCUUCCUCUAUAUCUCUCUUAUUUUUCAUUUCAAUGUAUUUAGUUUAAAUGAAAUUUUCUUAGAGAAAAAUCACCGGGCCUUUCUAAAAAAGAACAAAACAAAAUUUACAUCCUAUGUCCCUCAAUAUUUACGAAGGCACAUGGCAUUGUGGUUAGGGUGUUGCACUCAUGAAUGCAAGAUUGUGGCUUCAGUUUCUGGACAGAGCAAUCCAUUGUGUUCUUGAGCAUAAUACUUCAUUUCUUGUUGCUCCAGUCUAUUCAGCUGUAAAAAAACACAAUCAGAUCACCCUGUAAUGAACUGGCAUUGCAUUCAGUGGAGAAUAUUGUGAUCUUGAUCAUUUAUACACCAUGGAAACAGUAUAAGCAGAAUGUCCAGGCAUUGAUAAUGAUGAUGAGUUUGAAAAGCAAAUAUUUUUUUUGUUUCUAAUCUGUACUCAGCUUUAGAGAAAUUAAAGUUUGCCAUGGGAGCUCUGGGUAUUUUUGUGAUCUUUGAUUGAAAAUAUUGAGUUCCUAAUUUUAAUUUUGGCAACAGACAAUAAUAAAAAGAUUCCAACCCCAGUGUAUCUUGCCUGAAGUUACUGUUUGAAGACUGCUGAAGUCUUCUCCAUUGGUGGAUCAUCAUUCUACUUUCUAUGAUGUUACUAUAUUAUUGUAGAGCACAAAGGACAUAGAUUUUGUCUUUUUAUUUCAUCAUCUAUUGGAAGUUGUGAAGUUGUUAUGUUUGUUUUGCUUGUGUGUGUGUGUGUUUUUUUUUUUAAAUUUUUUUUCCCUCAUUGUUUUGUUUUUGCAACACAAACAAAUAAAAACAAAAAGAUACCAACAUUUCUUGUGAAUGGUAACUAAACCCAUUUGGCAAGACAAAAAUAUUUUCCCUUCAGAAAAUAGAAAUAAUAAUAGAAAUUAAAUUUAGUAUCCAUUUAGAAUCUCAAUCUUUGUAAGUGUGUGUGUGUGUAUGUGUAUAUAUGUAUAUAUUAUAUAUAUAUAUAUAUAUAUAUAUAUAUAUAUAUAUAUAUAUAUAUAUGUGAUAUAUAUAAUUGUGUGUGUGUGUGUGUGUGUGUGUAUAAUGUGAAUUACUUAAAACAAAAAACUGAAGUUGAAUUUUUUUCUUGGGUUUUGGAAAGAGGAUGUUUUGGGAGUGGUUUUUUUCAACUAACUCAUAUAUAUUUAUAAAAGGUAUGCAUUUUGUAUAAGAAAUCAUUUAUGAUGAAUCCCUGAAAGGGACGAAAACACUAAAUAGUUUUUAUUCAAAUUCUGCUUUUUUCUUAAUACAUAGGAAUGUAUGAAUGUGUGUAUGUGUGCAGUUGUGGCCAAAAGUUUGGAACAUUUUUUUAAAAAUCAAAAUAGUUGUACCUAAAAGUUCAAUUUGAUUCAUAUAUAUACAAUGUAGAGAUAUACUUUACCUAAUAACUGGACAUUUGAUAUGAAAAUUCUAAGUUUUUGACCUAUGUUCCAAUUCUAAGUUUUUGACCUAUGUGUUUAAAUAUAAGAGAAUUAUGUAACAUGAAGAUGGAAACAGCAGGCUUUAAUAGCAAAUCACAACAUUUAUUUCUGUACUGGACACCAGUUUUAAGUUUCAUUUAUAUAUCAUUACAUAAAAUUAUUGUUUAGAAUAACUAUAUAAAUAUGAUUCAGUGAUAGGUGUGUUGGUGCUUUCUCAGGCAGAAUGCACCAACACACAGCAGUCGCUGAAUCAUAACAUUUGCAAGGAAAAUGUUGUCAGUGACUUCAAGGUUUCAGCCUGUUCACCUACAUCAUUAGUGAAGUUGAUCAAGCUGAAACUUUAAAGUCUUUGCCACCCCUUCUCCUUGUAAAAGUAUAAUAGACAUGUACUCAACUAGAAAGUAUUAAAUAAUACUUCUAUUUGUUUUUAUACAUAAUGUAACAUAGUUGUAGUGCACCUGAGCACUAUAUAAUAAGUUCAUUAUACAUUGAUAUAUCUGUGUGUGUGUGUGUGUGUGUGUGUAAAGGUGAGAUCCAAGGAUACAGGUGUAGGAAGUUAGUGAACUUCGAGCAGUCCAUAGAAGUAUAAAAACAGUUUUCAGGAACAAUAAUGGUAUCUUAACUUUGAAUAAUUCCCAGAUGACUAUGAAAUGACUUGGUAAUGGUAAAGUGGAAAGCAUCAACUUUCACUCAUUGCUAUCAUUGUUGUCAUCAUCAUCAUUGUUUUAACAUCCACUUUAUCAUGCUUGUAUGUGCCAGAUGAAAUUUGUUGAGGCAGAUUUUCUACAGCAAGACAAUAUUUCUUCUUUUAAUCCUUCAAACACAAACAGCACAGUGCUCACAGCAUGAUUUCCUGGGAAGAUUGCAAACAAAUGAUGCCACUGUCUUUGUAUGAUGGUGAUGUUUGUUUACAAUUUGCAUACAAUGCCAAGACAAGGAUACAUGAACAAACUCAUACUCUGUGCACACACACACACACACACACACACAUGCAUGCAUGCACAUGCACUCAACAGGCUUCUUUUCAGUUUCUAUCUACUAAAUCCACUCUCAAGCCUUUGGAGUGGGCCACAAAAAAAGUUGUAAUCUUCCUUUUCAUUUCUAGAAUUCAAAACAAAUUUUGAAAUAAUUGCUAUUUUUUUUUUGCUCUUCCAUGCUACACUCCUUACCCCCCCCCCUACCAUUCUCUCUUCAAAAAUGGGAGCAGCUAUGUAGCUCCUCCACAGCAAGAAACCUAUUCUACUCUGGUCCCUUUUCUCAUACUUUAAUCUCUCAUACCCUAGUAUAAAGUUGCCUCUUUCAAGGUUCGUUGUCUUGCAAGCUGUAUGCUGACUUCAUUAGUGCUGGUGGCUCAGAAAAAAAGCACCCAGUACACAUAAUAUAAAGUGGUUGGUGUUAGGAAGGUCAUUCAACCAUAGAAACCAUACUAAAGCAGACACUGGAGCACAUUGGAUCCUGUCAAACUCUUCUGCCCAUGCCAACAUGGAACAUGGACGUUAAAUGACAAUGAUAAUGAUGAAAUUAAUUUAUUUGAAAUGAUUUCCUUUGUAAAAAAUAUUAAGAAGUGUAUAUUUAUUUUUGAUAGGGUCAUUUUCUGAAGCUAUUUACUUCACUUACAUUAUGAAAAUAUGCCACAAGAAAAGCAUAAAUACCACAAUUUUGUAUCCUUACUUUUUUUUCUACUCUCAUUCCUGGUAAACCUGAGAAUUUGUGCCUCAUCAAUUAAAAAAAACAAAACAAACAAAAUACUGUUGGCUACCUUGAUUUCAUUGUUUUGUUACUCAACCCUUUAGCAUUCAGAUUACUUUGUCACAUGUAAUGCCUAUUUGUUCACAUUGUUUUGAAUUAAUUGUGCGUUAUCUCAUAGCUUGAAGAUUUUGAUGAUGUGAUCAUUUAUUUUUAGAAUGAUGCUGUAGGGUAAGUGUGAGAGGCUGGAUCUGACUGGUUUAAAUGCUAAAGGGUUAAAUUUCUCUUUUUGUUUUGUUUAAUUGUAUUUGUUUUGUUGUUAUUGUGCCAGCAAUUGUCAACCAAUUGCUAUUACUGCUACUACUCUAUGAAAAGGCCUGUAAAUGGAUCAUCAAUGGAUGCAUUAUUCAAUUGCUGAUUACUUGAAGUUCCUUGAACAAAGGUUGUUCUGGUGAAGAUGUAAUGUCUUGGUGAAGAUGUAAUGUCUUUGGGCAAAAACAGUUAUUUAACUUUAAACAAAAAAAGAUCAGUAAUACCUUGUAGCAAUAUUCAAUUAUCUGUUCAUUUUUCUUUUUUUUUUCAUUUUUUUAAAAAUUCCUUUUAACCCUAUCAUAUGGGCUAGGCCUGUUUUAAAGGCCACUCUAUUUUCUUGAACAAUUUUUCCAUAGUGUUGUUUUUACUUCUUUUUCUUUUCUUUUAAUUAAAUUCUGUAAAAUCUGAAAAAAUCUUUAAUUGUUCUGUAUCAUGAUUUAAUACAUAAAAAAAUAUAUAUAUUAAAAAAAAUGAGCUAAAAAUGCAAACAUUA